AUGAAAUCAUUAGUGCUCAACGAUUCAACAUACAUAUUAAGACUUUCAUUGGCUACAACUUCGAAGCUUUCGAAAUUUUACCUCAGUUUUCAACAGUGCCUGGUCAUGGAUAAAAUAUCAAACUUUGUUGGUGAUCUCAAAAUUAAGAUUCAUACUUUGCUCAACAACAACUUGGACUACAAAUUGGAAUUUCAAAUCAUUGAUAAAUGUUUUAAAAUUUCAACAUUUGAUCCUUUUAAAAUCAGAAAUGGUUCAUGGAUUUAUUUGAGCUAUGUUACAAUUUUUUGGGUUUUCUUCAUAUUGAUUACUUUGAAGAAUAUUUUUGUUGAUUUUUCGGGUGAUAAUGCGAAACAAGUUUCUUCUGUGGUUGGAGCUUUUGGAUGGAUUCAGAUUGUUGUAAAGCUUUUAGUUUUUUGUUUCUACAACAAAGAGCUUUUGAUGUUGAAAAAAAUGAUUCUCGAUGAUGGCAAAGAACGUUGUAGCGACAUUGAAAGAAAAUAUCGAAGAAACAAUCGAAUUGCUUUGUUAUUGCUUAUAUAUUCCUUAACAACUACAGCUAUCUCGUACAUAGUAUGGAAUAUGAUGAAGAUCAAUGAUUUUGUGUUGGCCAUUGAAAUGAAGGUUCCUUGGACAAGGCCCAACUCUCAUCCAUCGCAUGAGAUUAACUUGGCUGCAUUAACAUUAAUCACAUUUACAUCUGUUCUCUCCACUAUAGGUUGUGACUCAUUUUUGGUAAUUAUGACAACCUACGGCCUUUCAAAGAUGGCGAUUUGUAGCGAUCUUGCGUCAAAGAUUGGGAGAAAUACUGAUGAUAAGUUCAUUGAAGAUUUGAUCAAGAAGCAUUUACAUGCUCUCGAUGUGAUUGAAACUGCCGGAAAUGUACUCCAACCUAUCAACUUCUGUUUAAUAAUAUCUGAUUUUUUAAUAUUUGUUCUAACAAUAAUUCAAUUUAAAAGUGGAAAAGGAGAACCGAUUGCUGUAGUUGGCGCAAUGUGUAUGACUUUUCUGCUUUUCCAGUUUUGUUUCAUGGGAACUGCAGUUUCAUCAUCGUGUGAAGAUUUCGAACGAUCAAUUUAUUGUUCAAAAUGGUAUGAGUUGAAAAACGUUUCAUUGAAAAAGAACAUUUUAUUGCUGCUCAACGUCGCUCAACGUAAGAGAGAAUAUUCUGCUUUAGGAAUCAAACCCAUCAACUUGAAUACGUUUGCCGAUGUCAUGAACAAGGCUUAUGGCCUUAUAAAAUUUUUUUUAAGCCUGGUCUAA